AAUUGGUAAUGGACCAGGGGGGAAAAAAGAUGGGGCGAUGGACUAGAAUCAUAGAUCCUGCGCUUUUCCCAUGUUCAUGAGGAGGAUGGGUGAGUAAGGCUGAGAAAUUGGUACCUCAGUGACGUCCACGCAGGCAAUAUUUCAUCUCGGCAGCAAACAGCACUUCUACCAAACGCAAGCUCAAACACAAGAGCUCCUGCCGGAGAAAAUAUGAACCUGUAAACGCCUUCAGUGUGAUUGGAUGAUCAGAAAAAAUAAUUUCUGAUAAUUAGCCUGUUAUUUUUUUGUUUGUUAUGAAAAUGUGAAGAAAAUACAAAAAAAAAAAAAAAAUUGAAUGAGCAACUUCUACUCCAACCUCGACGCUGACUGUUGGACACCAGUAAACUUUAAAGGGUUUUUCAACCAAACGCUCUCUUCUGAAGAAUCGAUUAACCAAGAACAAAUUAAUUGCAGAAGAGUUUGUUUUCACGACGAACCUUCAAAAGUAAGCUGAUUUUGAAGAUGAAUAUCCAAAACGGCAGUGAUAUAGACAGACCCGAAGGAAACAUAGACUUAGAGGCGCCUGAAAAAACCUUAUUUGGAAUCGGCACCGACAACUUCGUCACGCUACUGAUAUUUGGACUCAUCUUUACUCUAGGGGUCCUGGGAAACUCUCUGGUUAUCACUGUCCUGGCUCAACGCAAACCUGGACAGCAACGAAGCACCACCAACAUCUUCAUCCUCAACCUCAGUGUGGCAGACCUGUCCUAUCUGCUCUUCUGCAUCCCCUUUCAGUCAACCGUUUACAUGCUGCCCACAUGGAUCCUGGGUGCCUUCAUUUGCAAGUUCAUCCACUACUUUUUCACAGUGUCCAUGUUGGUGAGCAUUUUCACCUUAUCAGCCAUGUCGGUGGACAGGUAUAUCGCCAUAGUGCACUGCAGAAAAUCCUCAUCCAUUCGAGUUGAGAGGCAUGCAUUAAUCGGGGUGUUGAUCAUAUGGGCGCUCUCUUUCGCCAUGGCCACUCCGGUUGCGUACUAUCAGAGUAUCGUGGAAAGUGAUGACAACAGCACGUUUUGCUGGGAAGUGUGGCCAGAUCACAGCAAGAGGAAAAUCUACGUCGUGUGCACUUUUGUCUUUGGAUAUGUGCUGCCGUUGAUUCUGAUAUCUUUCUGUUAUGCCAAGGUCCUGAAUCAUUUGCAUAAAAAGUUAAGAAAUGUCUCCAAAAAGUCAGAGGCAUCAAAAAAGAAGACUGCUCAGACAGUUCUGGUGGUUGUGGUGGUCUUCUGCCUGUCCUGGUUGCCUCAUCACGUGGUGCACCUGUGGGUCGAGUUAGGCUCCUUCCCCCUGAACCAGGCAUCCUUCGUUCUCCGCGUGGCGGCUCAUUGUCUGGCCUACAGCAACUCGUCUGUUAAUCCUGUUAUUUAUGCGUUCCUCUCGGAGAACUUCAGGCAGGCGUACAAGCAGGUUUGCCGUUGUCAGGUGGCUUCUGAGUGCCCUACAAAUGAGGCCAGAGAGAUGAAGGCAGCACCAUCCACCAACUGCACCACUGUGUAAUUCCUUCAGCUGUUAAGUUUGUCGUCAUUUAUGAUAGCUUAAAAAUGACUUAAAGUUGAGUUUUUAAGCUUGGGGGAAGGCAAAAAAUUGUCCAAAGUAUUUAUCAUGCUUGGUGGUUUUGGAUGGUCGGAAGGGAUUUUUACAUGUUACUCGACGAUGCAUUUCUUCGGAGAGCAGUAGAGACAUUGCUUAGCACCUGCUUUGAAGCCAUAGUGAUGUAAGGUCUGUAAAUAUGUGCAAUCAAAAAAGCAAAGAAUAAAAGGUGAGGGUUAAGGGGGGUGAGGAUGUGCUUUUCCUUUUCCCUCAGGCAAAAUAGUGAAUGAAAAUGAAAUGUAAUCAAGUGUUACAUCGAGCCAUGUUAUAGUUGACUUUCAAUUCUAUCAAAUGCUUGUUUAGUAGUGUUUUACUAAAUGUACUAUAAAAUACUAUAAAAUAUCCUAAAAUAUAUUAUAAACAAAACAUGUAAUGCAUGAUUAAUGCCUUCUAAUUCAUCUCAUAUUGCAUUGUAUGCUCUCACCUUUAUAGUAUGAUGCAUUAAAACACAUAACAAACAACCAAUUUCAGAUGUAACAAGGAAUCUGCUAAUAUUACAAUGCACUUUAAUUUUGGUUACAAUUAUUAAUGAAAAGAUGUAAUGCGUUUUAACGCACAUUAUGAUAUAUAUUUAUAAACCAUUACACAAAAACUUUAAGUAGGCCAACGUGCUUUUUUUUUAUAA